AGCCGGCGCAGCUCGACUUGAAUUGCUUGAGCCGCAGCACGUGUUUUCCAGUAAACAAUGUCGCCGUGGUGAGCGCCGACUUGAGAAUUUGUCGUUUUCCGAAGCUCGACCUCCCGGCAGACUUGAACUGUAGGCUCUCUAGCCUUGGCAAUUUUUUUUUCUUCUCCUGUGCGCGGUGCAUGCACGAGUAGGUUGCCCUAAUAGCCGGGAACAAGCAGCGUCACCCACCGCAUUGCCAUGGAGACCACGCCAAAGCGCAGAUCUGCGCAGCUCAUCCUGGAAGAUGGGUCUACGUAUGCAGGUGUCGCGUUUGGAAAUCCGAGGUGCAUAUCCGGGGAAGUUGUGUUCCAGACAGGCAUGGUGGGCUACGUGGAAUCGCUGACCGAUCCCUCGUACUGCCGGCAAAUUCUUGUGUUGACUUAUCCGCUGAUUGGCAACUAUGGUGUUCCCAACACCGAGAAGGACGUGCACGGCAUUCCCAUCAACUUCGAGUCGCACAAGAUUUGGGCAGCUGGCCUGGUCGUGGGCGAGUGUGUGGACAAGUACAGCCACUGGAGUGCCCGUCAGUCCCUCUCUGACUGGCUUCACGCUGCAGCCGUGCCAGGCAUCUCGGGUAUUGAUACUAGGAAGCUGACCAAGAAGAUUCGGGAAAAGGGCAUCAUGCUUGGAAAGAUUAUAGUAGAAGGCAUGGAGCACACUCCCCUGCAGUUUGAAAACCCAAAUUUGUUGAACCUCGUCAAGGAAGUCUCUCUCAAGGCACCCAUCGUGUACAAUGAAACAGGCAAGCCAUCGAUCACCGUGGUGGACUGCGGCAUGAAGUAUAACCAGCUGCGCUGUCUUAUAUCUCGGGGAGCUCGUGUCACAGUGGUGCCCUGGGACCAUCCUGUGGACCCCAAGGAUUGUGACGGUCUGUUCGUGAGCAACGGUCCGGGAGACCCGACACAGUGUGCUGCGACAGUCAAGAUGCUGCGAACGUUUCUUGAAUGCGCCGACCCCGCCAAGCUGAAGCCCGUCUUUGGCAUUUGCCUAGGACACCAGCUGAUGUGCCUCGCCAUAGGGGCCAAGACGUACAAGAUGAAGUACGGCAACCGUGGCCACAACCAGCCCUGCCUCUUUGGCGAUUCUGGUCGCUGCUGCAUAACCACGCAGAAUCAUGGCUAUGCCGUGGACGCAUCGACACUUCCCUCUGAGUGGUCACCACUUUUCACUAAUGCCAAUGACCACACUAAUGAAGGCAUUGUCCACAGGAAACUACCGUUCUUCAGUGUGCAGUUUCAUCCGGAGCACAUGGCUGGUCCAGCUGACCUGGAGUUUCUGUUUGAUGUCUUCCUUGACUCCGUGAAGGACUCCAUUGCCAGCAAGACUCAGUAAGUACAGCUUGUGCCC